CAUCUGGACGAUGUCUAUUUGACCACAGCUGGCAAACCUCACCUCACAGCAUUAGCGAAAUAAAGAAAGACCGCUACAGUAAGAAGAUGGCGACGGAGGGAGCGGGCGGGGAUCAGCCUCCCCCGGUUCAAACGCUGGCAACGGCGGUGCGCGGAAGCAUCGAAGUGAAAUGUGAGUUUAACAUGGACAACCUGAGCAAGCCAGAGCUCCUGACUCUGCUCAGCAUCAUGGAAGGGGAGCUGGAGGCACGUGACCUGGUCAUCGAGGCUCUGAGGGCCCGCAGGAAAGAGGUGUUCAUCCAGGAGCGCUACGGCCACUUCAGCCUGGCCGACCCCUUCCUGGCCCUGCAGCGCGACUUUGAGUCCGGGGGAGGGGACAAGGACCGGCGCCCCGUGUGCGCCAGCCCCAUCUCCGUCCUGGAGGCCGUCAUGGCCCACUGUAAGAAGAUGCAGGAGAGGAUGUCCGCCCAGCUGGCCGCAGCCGAGAGCAGGCAGAAGAAGCUGGAGCAGGAGAAGGCGCAGCUGCAGAGUCUGCAGCAGGAGCACAGGAAGCUGUCUGCGCAGCUGAAGGACGAGCGGGAGAAGAACAAGCACAUGGUGGGCAUGCUGAUGCGGGAGUGCAAGCAGCUGGCGGCGCGCGUGGUGGAGGAGAGCCAGCGCUUCGAGGAGCUGUCCUCCCGCCUGGAGGAGGAGGGCAAGGCCUCGGGUCGGCUGGAGGAGGAGCUGGCGGCCGAGCGGCAGAAGGGUCAGCAGAUGGAGGCAGAGAUGGAGAAGCAGCUGUCGGAGCUGGACACGGAGCGGGAGCAGCUGCGGGCGCGGCUGGGCCGGGAGGAGGCGCGGGCGGCCGAGCUGCGGGCGGAGAGCGAGGGGCUGAGGAGGCAGGUGGAGGAGCUCAGGACUGACCGGGAGGCCUCGACCGCCACCGCCGCCGCGCCCAAAGCCUCCGUCUCCGUCGCCGUGGGCACGGACCCCGUCACCUACCGGGCGGCGCACUGCCAAACAGACCUGCCGCCGGCGGAGCCGGGCGCGGACGGACUGAAGAAGGCGCCCGUCACCAUCCCCGUCAAACCCUCCCCCGCCAACUACGCCGGGAUGAGCCUGCCCAAGUCGGCGGCGCGGGCCGUCCCCGUGUCCGAGAACGGGCCAGCGGGGGGCGACGGUGCGCAGAGUAUACCGCACUCCCCCGGAGCCGCCCUGCCUGCCGGCGUCAGCCCCCGCGUCCAGGCGGCCCGCUACAAGUUCCAGGCCUCGGAGCAGGACCAAAACGGCACGGCCGCCCUCAGCCCCCCGUCCCGCGACCUGUCCCCCACCAACCGGGACAGCUUCGCUGCCAAGCAGCAGGCCCGCCACACGGUCACCCAGGUCCUGUCGCGCUUCACCAGCCCGCCCGCGGGGGGCGCCCUCCGCCCCAGCCUGCCCCACUCCGCCUCGGAGGGCGGGCCCUUCGCCGGCCGGCUGGGCCACCCCCAGGUCGGCCUCAAGUCGCCCACGGCGGGCCGCAUCGACCGGGGCAACCCGCCGCCUAUCCCGCCCAAAAAGCCGGGCCUCUCGCAGACCCCCUCCCCGCCCCACCCCCCCAUCAAAGUGGUGGGCGACGGCGGCAGGUCCCCCGCCGCCGGCCUGGGGGUGCCGCCCAAGCCCGCCACGCCCCAGCUCCCGCCAAAACCCGCCAUCGACCUGGCGGGCCGGGGGGCCGGCUGCCCCGUCCCAGCCUUGACCACAUCUCAGGUGGGUGCCCGCCCCCCCCAGGCGCGGGGGCCGCACCGGGCCGCAUGUGCAGAUUGUCCCCCUGUCACCAGCGCUGUUGUCAGUAGCUCCUCCGUUCACCCCGUUAGCGCUUCAUCCUGUAGACCCUGUGACUCAGACAGCCCCCUGGCAGCAGCCUCAGGCUGGUGUCCCUCCAUAGUCCCCUCGCUAACCUGCGGUGGCCCCGUUCCCCUGGCCGACGGGCACACCCUACUCCUCCAAGCUGCUACCCAGGGAAACGUCACUUUACUGUCAAUGCUGCUUAACCCAGAUCCAAUGGAUAUUUGUCGCCCCGAUGAGGACGGACAAGCUGCCUUGAAUUCUGCUGCUGAAAACGGACACACAGACUGCGUGAAGCUGCUGCUGGCUGCAGGGGUGCCUGCUGAGGUUCCUGAUAAAAAGGGGUUCACUCCUUUACACACAGCCGCCGCCCAGGGCCACUCCAGGUGUGUUGAGGUGCUGGCGGGCGUGGCUACAGAUGUAGACCGUGUUGCGGCGGGCGGGCAGACGGCGCUCUUUCUAGGGAGCGGCAGCGGGAGUCCGGAUUGUGUGAGAGCCCUGCUGGACGCUGGAGCAGACCGUGUGCUGGUCACCACUGACGGCUGGACGACGCUGCACGCCGCAGCGAGUUCGGGUCAGGUGGCCAGCCUGGAGCUCCUCCUGUACCACCCUUCCCCCACUGCCGGCCCGCCGGAGGGCCACGCCGACCCUGACUUCCGCCCCGCUGAGACCACUGGCCCCCCGAACAAGAGACCCGUCCUGCCCGCCGCCCUCCUCAACCACACCAACCGGGAUGGCUGGACGGCCGCCCACAUUGCUGCGUCCAAGGGCUUCAAGAACUGCCUGGAGGUGCUGUGUGGCUACGGCGAGCUGGACAUUGAGAAAAGGGACAAGUGCAAGCGGACCAUCCACGACGUGGCCACCGACGACUGCAAGGACCUGCUGGAGAACCUGAACUCGUACCGCGUUCUGAUCCGGAUCCAGAGGGGCUCGGAGGAGCAGAUCUGCACGGUGGACAUGCUGGAGGGCGGCCCCACCGUCGGCGCCGUCACCGUCCACAAGCGCACAGGCUGGGAGGAGCUGUCCCAGAGCCUGAGCCACGCCCUCUCCGCACACUUCCACCUGCUAAGCGCCGCCGGGGACGACAGCCAAGGGGCCGCCCUGGGACUCAGCACCGACAGCCUCUCCUCUGUCGUCAUCGGUGAUGUGGCGUGGCACCCAGGUCAGGCUCUCUCCCUGUCCCCGUGGGACCUGAUCAGAAAGCGUCACUGUCAGCACCUCACCGUCAGACUGAAAGGCUUGUGGGAGUCUUCUCUGGAAGAGCUGGCGUACGACUCCCUGAUCCCCCUUCAGCUGCUGCAGAACUACGUCCGACUGGUGGAACAGUAUCGUAAUGUUGUCUUCCACGGGCUGGAGGGAAGCUGCCAGGAGUACAUAGCCAGUCAGAUCUCCCACUGCAUAAAGCACAAGCAGGAGGCGAUGGGAGUGGGCUGCGACAUCGUCAGAGUGGAGGUGGAUGAGAACCUGACCAAAGAACAGCUGGUGGAGGUUUUCAUCAACUGCGGCUUUCUGGUCCCAGUGAAGGAGGCUGUGGCUGGUGUUUGUGUGGUGGUGUUGCUGGAAGGUCUGGAGAGAGCCCGCUCCCUGUCCGAGCUGCUGGGAGACCUGUGCGAGGGCCUGGAGAACCGGGGCUCCGCCUACCCGCUCCCCCUGCUCCACGUUCAAGAAGGCUGCGGCCCACACCACUUCAAGGAGGACGGCUUUCUGAUUGGCACUCUCUCCAAGUCCCGCCUACACGGGGCGGAGCUCCUGCUGCAGCAGCACUUCCGCUGGGUCCAGCUGCGCUGGGACUCGGAGCCGCUGACCAACCUGCUGACCCGACACCUGAGCAGGAAGUUGGUCCACAAGAUGAGGGGCCAGCUUCCGCCCGCGUCUGACAUGCUGUGUCGCUCCGUGGCCUGGGUCUGUGCAGUGUGGCGCCAGCUGAACUCCUGCCUGUCCCGCCUGGGGACCCCUGAAGCCCUCAUAGGGCCACAGAUGUUCUUCUCCUGCCCUGUGGUCCCAGAUCAAGCCCAGGCCAUCUUCAAGUGGCUGUCCAGGCUGUGGAACAUGGUGGUGGUCCCCCGUGUGGAGGAAGCAAUCGUCUCCAGGGUAACGUUAAAAAGGUCUUCAGCCCAGCGACUGUCACCCAGCAACAAGAACCUGAGCCCAGGCCAGCAGGCAGUGGUCAAGGCUGCCCUCAGCAUCCUGGUCAACAAGGCCAUCCUCCAGGGCUGCCCUCUGCCCCGGCCAGAGAUAGACAAGCACCUAUCGGAGUUCCAGGGCGGCAGCUUCCCGCUGUCGGCGCUCGGCUCCUACAAGGGCGGAGCUCGGAAGGGCCGGGAGGGAGCCGCCUGGAGGAGAGCCAGCACCAGCCCACGCAAGAAGGGCAGCCCUGCCACCGCCUGGAGCUCCAGCGGCACGCUGCGCGAGGGUUCACGUUCCAGCACUGACCUGUGCUUUGGCAGAAUUGACUCCAGCUCUCAGAGGGGUGUGGACAGGGAGCCGGUGCGGUUCUCUCUUUGCUCCGAUGAUGAAACAGACCUGAUGCAGGAGUUGCAGACCAUGUGCUCCAGCCGGUCUGAGCCGGACAUCAGCAAGAUCGCUCACUCCCAGGAGGAUCUGAUCGUGUUCCCGGCCUCUCCUGGUGGACCAGCGCCCCCCAAGACCGAUACUGCAGACACCGCCCCGCCACAAACUCAGACGACUGGCAGGCGUCAGUCCAACAGCCACGCCCCCGGGACACCCAGCAGCGAAAGGAGGACAACCCGACCCAAGUCCCAACUCCCAGUCCCCAGCAGCAAGAGCCUCCAGCAAGCCCACAGCGCCCCGCGGGCCAGCAGCAGCACCAGAACCAGCAGCAGAACAAGGCAGGUACCGCCCAUCAACAAUAACAACAACCAAUCACAAGAGGAGAUCUGGAUCCUGAACAGAGACUUGCAUGAAAACAACAACUAGACCUUUCCCCUCAUUUUUGUUAGUUUCUCUCCACGUUGUAAAAUUAGGAUUAUGACAGCUUUUGUAUUUGUACCUGUUAACCGUACUUGUUGCAAUGUAUAACAUUGUGUACAUGGGGACCAUAGUUUUAUUAUAUUAUUAAGUAUUGAAAUUUCCAGAAAUGAGUGGGGAAAAAUUAAGCAGUUUAACCAGCUUUUGCCUUUUGGCUGAAAGAUUUUUGGAUCAAAGCAAGAACAGGCAAUUUUUUUGGCUAUUGAAUAUUUUAGACUAUAAAAGUGUUCUAUGUUUAAAUAGUUGCAAGGUUGUUUUAAAUACUGUUGAAAUCAAUCAGGGUUUUACCAAAUAUGUGUAAAUAAGAAUUAGGAACUUAUAUGGUAUAUAGAUGGACAGUAGUGGUAUUACACUUGUACAGUAAAGACCUAAAGACUUUAAAAAAAAAAAAAUUGUAUAUAUGUUUGUAACAUGAGAAUUGGGUUGCUAAUUGUUCACUUGUAUCAAAGUGAAUGGAUUGUGGCAAUAAGUACCGUAAUUGCAAACACAGGACAUUUCCUUUCGACUGUAAGCCAUAAUGAACAUUCUCCUUACCUGUAUCUACCUGAGGAACGGCUCGCCGGGACUCAGUGACCCCCCCGCAUUUAGCCCCAUACAAAAUGAAAAGCAGCGCAUCUUCUUUAAGUUUUCAUUGAAAACAGUGUUACGUUUACCACUUUACAUUUGAACUGUUCAUAUGUACAGAAAGUUUUACUGACCUCUGUCGUGUUUCAGUGUUAAAUAUCUAUGAGGGUUAAAGAAAUGUCCUGCUUUCAGCAAGCACAACCAUUAAAUCUGCACUGUUAUUCCCAA